AAGCAUCCUGCAUCCCCAACAAGUCACCAGGGUAGCUCAUUCAAGCUGCAGAUCCGUCUGUCAACCUUGUCCAACUGUCUCCUCCUCCAUUCCCUCUGCAGGGAAGUGCAUCAUAUGUCAGCACACUGGAGCAGCAUGAAAGAAUCUGUGUUGAAGCUUCAAAAGUAGUGUUCCUAUAGACUCUGAGCAGAACAGAGCAGACUCCAGCCUGCGUGAACAAGCUUGAAACAGGGAUGGUUUGGGGUUCAGGCCUCUUACACUGAAUUUCUCUACUGCCAACCUUUCUACUCAAGCAAAAUCUUCAAGAAACGAUCUGCUGGGAAGAGAGUGUCUGCCCGUGGCUUUGCACUGUGAUGAAGGCGAAUGGUACAGUUUUCCAAAGAAAUUAGACCAAAACUUUCUUCUUGAGAAGAAACCAACCCACUGUUGGCAGAGGGUAUUUCUCACCUCCCCUGUGAAAGGAAGAAAGACAACACCAGAGCCUGUGGCCCAGCUGCUGAGGGAAGUUUCCAUGUUUCCAUGGUGAAGUCUCAGGGAGGCUUCCUGGGAGCAGAGCACAGUGAAUGCUCAAACCCACGGGGAGAUGAUUCCUCAUGAAGGGCCUGGAUCCCCUACAGAAAUCCAAUGUGACUCUCUGUCUAUCAGACUAAAAUCAGAGCCAGCCAGACAGUGAAACAGCCACCGUGGAGGGGGGACGGCGAAAAAUGAAAUCCAACCAAGAGAGGAGCAAUGAAUGCCUGCCUCCUAAAAAACGUGAGAUCCCCGCCACCAGCCGGCCCUCUGAGGAGAAGGCCACUGCUCUGCCCAGCGACAACCACUGCGUGGAGGGUGUGGCAUGGCUCCCCAGCACCCCUGGCAGCCGCAGCCAUGGGGGUGGGCGGCACGGGCCAGCAGGGACUUCCGGGGAGCUUGGUUUACAAGGAAUGGGUUUACAUAAAGCACUGUCCGCAGGGCUGGACUACUCCCCACCCAGUGCCCCCAGGUCAGUCCCCACAGCUACCACGCUGCCCGCAGUGUACCCUCCUCCUCCGUCAGGGACUCCAGUGUCCCCAGUGCAGUAUGCCCACCUGUCACACACCUUCCAGUUCAUUGGGUCCUCCCAAUACAGUGGGCCCUACGCUGGCUUUAUCCCUUCCCAGCUAAUCUCCCCAUCAGGCAACCCGGUCACCAGUGCGGUGGCCUCGGCUGCAGGGGCCACCACUCCAUCACAGCGCUCCCAGCUGGAGGCCUAUUCCACCCUGCUGGCCAACAUGGGCAGUCUGAGCCAGGCACCGGGACAUAAGAUUGAGCCCCCACCGCAGCAGCACCUCAGCAGGGCUGCGGGGCUAGUCACCCCGGGGUCCCCGCCACCCACCCAGCAGAAUCAGUACAUUCAUAUUUCCAGCUCUCCACAGAGCUCUGGGCGGGCAGCAUCUCCCCCACCCAUUCCGGUCCACCUCCAUCCCCAUCAGACGAUGAUCCCGCACACACUCACCCUGGGGCCCUCGUCCCAGGUGGUCGUGCAAUACAGCGAUGCCGGAGGCCACUUUGUUCCUCGAGAGUCCACCAAAAAAGCAGAAAGCAGCAGGUUGCAGCAGGCUAUGCAAGCCAAGGAGGUCCUGAAUGGGGAGAUGGAGAAGAGUCGGAGGUAUGGGGCACCGUCCUCUGUGGAGCUGAGCCUGGGAAAGGCAAGCGGCAAGUCAGUGCCUCAUCCUUAUGAGUCCCGGCAUGUGGUGGUCCACCCAAGCCCAGCAGACUACAGCAGUCGUGAUACCUCUGGGGUCCGUGGAUCUGUGAUGGUCCUGCCCAACAACAACACACCCUCAGCUGACCUGGAGGCGCAGCAGGCCACACAUCGCGAGGCCUCGCCAUCCACCCUCAAUGACAAGAGCAGCCUGCACUUAGGGAAGCCCGGCCACCGCUCCUAUGCACUGUCCCCACACACGGUCAUUCAGACGACACACAGUGCAUCAGAGCCUCUCCCAGUGGGCCUGCCAGCCACAGCCUUCUAUGCUGGGACUCAGCCUCCUGUCAUCGGCUACCUGAGUGGCCAGCAGCAAGCAAUCACCUACGCCGGCAGUCUGCCCCAGCACCUGGUGAUCCCAGGUACCCAGCCUCUGCUCAUCCCUGUGGGCAGCCCUGACAUGGACACACCUGGGGCAGCCUCGGCCAUAGUCACAUCUUCACCCCAGUUUGCUGCAGUGCCUCACACGUUUGUCACCACCGCCCUGCCCAAGAGCGAGAACUUCAACCCCGAGGCCCUGGUCACCCAGGCCGCCUACCCAGCCAUGGUGCAGGCCCAGAUCCACCUGCCCGUGGUGCAGUCAGUGGCAUCCCCUGCCGCCGCGCCACCCACGCUGCCACCAUAUUUCAUGAAAGGCUCCAUCAUCCAACUGGCCAACGGGGAGCUGAAAAAGGUGGAGGACCUGAAGACGGAGGACUUCAUCCAGAGUGCAGAGAUUAGUAAUGACCUCAAGAUUGACUCCAGCACAGUGGAGAGGAUCGAAGACAGCCACAGCCCCGGUGUGGCCGUGAUACAAUUCGCCGUUGGUGAACAUCGAGCCCAGGUCAGUGUUGAAGUUUUGGUAGAGUAUCCUUUUUUUGUGUUUGGACAGGGCUGGUCGUCCUGCUGUCCCGAAAGAACCAGCCAGCUCUUUGAUCUGCCGUGUUCCAAACUCUCCGUUGGGGACGUUUGCAUCUCGCUCACCCUCAAGAACCUGAAGAAUGGCUCUGUUAAAAAGGGCCAGCCCGUGGACCCUGCCAGUGUCCUGCUGAAGCACGCAAAGACCGACAGCCUGGCUGGCAGCAGACACAGAUACGCCGAGCAAGAAAACGGAAUCAACCAGGGAGGCACCCAGGUGCUCUCUGAGAAUGGUGAACUGAAGUUUCCAGAAAAAGUAGGAUUGCCUGCAGCACCCUUCCUCACCAAAAUAGAGCCGAGCAAGCCCACAGCCACGCGGAAGAGGAGGUGGUCGGCGCCGGAGACCCGCAAACUGGAGAAGUCGGAGGACGAGCCACCGUUGACUCUUCCCAAGCCUUCGCUCAUUCCUCAGGAGGUUAAGAUCUGCAUUGAAGGCCGAUCUAAUGUGGGCAAGUAGCUACCGUGCUGGCAGCGGAGGCCUGGGCCUCCUUUGCUGUCUGUAUCCCUAUUACUGUACUGUAGGCUAAAUAACACAGUAUUUACAUGUUAUCUUCUUACUUUAGGUUUGCGUUCUAACCUUGUCAUUAGAGUCACACAGGUGUGUUGCAGGAGACUGGUGCAUUUGCAUUGUCUGCAAGCGUCUGUGGAGGAGCUGGCGGGUAGAGGGGUGGUCGGAACUGUGCCCACGGAGCUCCUGGGCACCCUAGAUGACCCUGAAUGUGGCAUCAUCAGCACCUGCCUUCUCCAGCAGCACAGAGCCAAGGGGCAUCAGUUCUUACUGGUUUUAAGAGCAAUUCAGUGGGAAGUGACCUGUAAGGGUGUCUGGGUGUGUCCCUGUGAAAGGGUGCGUGGGUGCCAUGGUGGUGAGUGACAGUCUCUUUUUUCUCUGCUUCCCUCUUCCCUUGCUUGCUCCCUCUCAGCGUGGGUCUGGAGGACCUGGGUUUCCUACAUGCAAAGUCAUCCUCAGGAACCCAGCUUUAGGGCAUCAUAGGGAGGCAUCACAAGGCAGAUGGGAAACUAGUUGCAAAGAAUGUGGUUCUCUCCAACAUAUUUUACAAUAAAAAGCAUAUAUAUAUAUAUAUAU